AUGCCAGCUCCGCACCAUUCAUCACCGCCAGUUGAGGGAAAACCAUCGGUUGAUGUGAAAUCACAUUCGCAUAAAUCGCCUAAGACAUCACAUCCAUCGCCUCCACCACCACCCACUGAGAAACAUAUGCCAUCACCGCCAGAAAGAAGGGAAACAACAGUUGAUGUGAAACCACCUCCCCAUAAAUCGCCUAAGACACCACAUCUAUCGCCUCCUCCGCCACCCACAGAGAAGCAUAUGCCAUCACCACCAGUUGGUGUGAAACCACCUUCCCAUAAAUUGCCUAAGAAAUCACAGCCAUCGCCUUCACCGCCACCCACAGAUAAGACUAUGCAAUCACCACCAGUUGAUGUGAAACCACCUUCCCUAAAUCGCCUAAGACACACACAUUCAUCGCCUCCACCGCCACCAACAGAUAAGCCUACGCCAUCACCACCAGUUGAUGUGAAACCACCUUCCCAUAAAUCGCCUAAGACGCCACAUCCACCGCCACCCGCAUCGUCGUCAUAUCAUUUGGUAAACCGUCUCCCUGUACAGAAGCCUGCACAAGCUCCGCACCAUCCAUCGACGCCCAUACAUAAGCCUAGUCCAGCUCCGCACCAUCCAUCACCGCUAGAUGAGAGGAAAUCGUGGGUUAAUGUUAGAGACCCUCCUAAAAGUAAUUCAAAGCAUCACCACGUGAUGCCAUCACCAUCCAUUUACUAA